CUCUCUCUCUGAGUUUCCUUCCACAGACAUGGCGAAGCACUACAGGCCUCCCGGGAAGAAAAAGGAAGGUAAUGCUGCAAGGUACAUCACCAGGUCACAAGCCGUCAAGCAACUUCAAGUCAGUCUAUCCCUCUUCAGGAAACUAUGUAUUCUCAAGGGGAUAUUCCCAAGGGAGCCAAAGAAAAAGACCAAAGGGAAUCACCAUACUUAUUAUCACUUAAAGGAUGUUUCGUUCAUCCAACAUGAACCAUUACUCGAGCGCUUGAGAGAGAUCAGGGCUUAUCAACACAAAAUAAAGAAAGCCGAGGCCAAGAAGAACCGGGAUCUUGCUACUCUUCUCACACAAAGAAGACCUUCUUACAAAUUAGACAAAAUUAUUUUGCAGAGGUAUCCGAAAUUCCUUGAUGCUCUUAGAGAUUUGGAUGACUGUAUCACAAUGGUUCACCUCUUUGCUGCCUUACCUGCUAUUGAGGGCUGUAUCGAAGUGAAACGCAUCCAUAACUCUCGGAGGUUGGCUCAUGAAUGGCAAGCUUACAUAUCUCGUACUCAUAGAUUGCGUAGAGUCUUUGUGUCUGUUAAAGGCAUAUAUUAUCAGGCCGAGGUUAAAGGGCAAGAGGUCACAUGGCUGGCUCCUCACCCUUUGCAGCAAGUUUUGACUGAUGAUAUUGACUUCAAUAUCAUGCUAAACUUUUUGGAGUUUUACGAGGCACUUCUUGCCUUUGUGAAUUGUCAUUUAUAUCAUUCCAUAAAUGUGAGGUAUCCACCCAUUCUUGAUCCUCGAUUGGAAGCUGUAGCAGCAGAUCUUUAUGCUCUAUCAAGGUACUUUGAUGCAAACUCUCAAUCCUCUGCGUGGGAUCACCAAACUCCAAGUUUGUCUGGAUCUGGGAAAGUUGAGAGCCAGCAGAUUGGACCUUCAAUUGAUGAGUCUGAACUAAGACUUGCACAACUGCAGCAUCAACUCCCCUCAAAUGAACCUGGUGUAUCGAUGCACCUUGUUGGGGAUGUUCCGGGUGAGGAUAAAGAGGAUAAUGAGACGAGGGAGUGCAAGAAACUCUUCAAAGAUAUGAAAUUUUUCUUGAACCGUGAGGUUUACAGAGAGUCUUUGCUUUUUAUCAUACCUGCUUUUGGUGGAAUUGUUUCCUGGCAAGGAGAUGGGGCUCCUUUUGAGGAAGAUGAUGCCAGCAUCACCCAUCAGAUUAUUGACAGGCCAAGGCAUGAUGGGAAGAUCUGUGGUAGACAAUGUGUUCAGCCACAGUGGGUCUAUGAUUGUGUAAAUGCUCGGAUCAUUUUACCAACUGGGGAUUAUUUGGUGGGAAGGGAUCUUCCUCCACACUUGUCACCUUUUGAUGAUAAUGACUAUUUCGAGAUCACUGAACGAGGGAGGGCUGCUGGCAUAAAUGAAGUCCUGCCAAUGUUCGAUCCGGGAUGUGACACAAUGCUUGGAAUGGAAAGAGAAGACUUGGAAGAUCCUCUGAAGUUACUGGCCGAAGGUGUUAUUAACCGAGCAGAAGCAGAAGCUGCAAAGGAAAAGCGGAAGAAGAUGAAGGCUCAUGAGAAGCAGUAUCAUCAUGAAUUAAUUAUGGAAAUUCAGGGUGUCACACAUCCAUCAUCUAUCUCGAAUAUAGAUAAUCUGAGCAUCGAUAGGGAAGAACCUCAUCAUGAUUAUGUGCAAGUUGACGAGGAUAACAGAAUUAUGUCUAAACUUGAAUGGUCACGUCGAUUCAAGGGGCGUAUUAAAGCCAUGAGG